CCAGGGAGCACAGGAGACCCCCAGAGCAACGCAAGGCCUCGCUCCCUGGUUCACUAGCUGGGCUCCAUUGAGAAAAGUCCCAGCCUGGCCGUGCCCUCCCGGACCCCAGGGAGCUGUGCCUGGGGGCCUGGCAGCUAGGCAGACACAUAACAACUUCAGCAAUGGGCAGGCUACAGAGACUGCAGUCCUGAUUCAUAAAGGAUGGAUCUCACUCCCAGUAUGUGAUCAUCCCGGCAGGAAGGAUCCAGACCGCAGAGCUGCGCAAAGACAGACGGAAAAACUUCCAGCAGCCUGGUUUCUGAUAGAGCGAGGCGGCCACCUGCAAUCUGUGACUGUGUGGGGGAGACAUUGGGAUCUGACAUGGGAUUGUGAUCAAGAUUCUCUCCUGUUUUUUUCAUGGUCUCUCCAUGACAGAAGUUAUCCAGCAGACAUGGGUUCCCUGCACGAGGCAGAUGAACAGCAGAACCUGCCGGCCGGGGCGAAUCAGUCGCAGGAGGUGGCGAGGAACGCGCAGUACAGCUGGGCCGCUCUGUGGAACGUUCUCACCAUCGGGGGCAGUAUUUGCCUGCUAGUCCUCUCUCAGAUAUUGGAUUUAACAACCCUGCAAAGUGGAUUCUGGAAAAUCGAGAUGCCUGGCUUUGUGUUGGCGAUUGUUUUCUUCGUCAUGGCGCUGAUUGGGACCAUGGUGUGGUACCUGAAGUCGCACGCAGAGCCAGUCCUGUCGGAGGACCGACGCCAGUCCGUCAGCCGACAACCGUCCUUCACCUACUCGGAAUGGACGGAUGACAAAGCGGAGGAUUUCAUGGAUUUCGACCCUGUACCUGACACUCCCGUCUUCGAUUGUUUGAUGGAUAUCAGAGGCGACACUGACCCGGGGACUCUCACAGUGAAAUCUGUGGGGCUUCAGGAAAGACGUGGCUCCAAUGUGUCUCUCACUCUGGACAUGUGUACACCGGGAUCCACAGAGCCCUAUGGGCACAUCAUGUCUCCAAGGGAGCAGUCCACCCAGGAAUACCUGCAGACCACCAGCAACGUCCUGACCGCCGAGGAGCUGCAUGAGAGGGCCCUCGACUCUUUUGAGCUGCAGAAGGAGUUCUUUGAAAUUCCAAUGAACUUUGUCGAUCCAAAAGAAUAUGAAAUUCUGGGCUUGGUGCGGAAAAACCGAUACAAAACCAUUCUGCCGAACCCACAUAGCAGAGUGUGCCUUAUGUCGCCGGACCAAGAGGACGACCCUCUGAGUUCCUAUAUCAACGCUAACUAUAUACGGGGUUACAACGAAGAGGAAAAAGUUUACAUUGCAACUCAGGGACCUACGGUCAACACCGUAGGUGACUUCUGGAAAAUGGUCUGGCAGCAGCAGUCUCCCAUCAUCGUCAUGAUCACCAACAUAGAGGAGGUCAACGAGAAAUGUACAGAAUACUGGCCGGAGAACCGAGCCAUGUAUGAGGGAAUAGAAGUGACUGUGAAUCGGACCAUCCAGGAAGACGACUAUGUGCUAAGACUCAUGACUUUAAAGAGCGGGGAAGAAGAGAGGCAUCUGAAGCAUUUUUGGUACACCUCCUGGCCAGACCAGAAGACCCCAGACCAGGCUCCGCCACUCCUGAAGCUGGUGCAGGAUGUGGAGGAGACUGAGCAGUCAGCGGAGCAGAACAACGGCCCAAUCAUUGUGCACUGCAGUGCAGGAAUUGGGAGAACCGGAUGUUUCAUCGCUACCACCAUUCUGUGCAAGCAGCUGAAGAAUGAGGGGGCUGCAGACAUCCUGAGGACAACCUGCCAGCUGCGGCUAGACAGGGGCGGAAUGAUUCAGACUAGUGAGCAAUACCAGUUUGUUCACCACGUGCUGAGCUUAUUCGCGAAACAGAAUCCCCACGCGGUGGAGGAAUAAUCGUUUGGUGGAUUUUUUUGUUGGUCUGAUUCAACUCGGACAAGAUGCUCCGAAAACACUCAUCUCUCCCAAAAACAACAACCAGAGACAACUGGUGACACAUUGGGCUCCAACGGAGGCGUUUUCACGUUGGAGGUCAGGUCAAAGGGUAUCUGCACCUGGUUCCAAAAGCAUUUAGGACCUGACACAUGCCUUUGAUAUUAACUCAUGAAAUGGGACGUUCUUCACCAAAAAACAAAAACAAAAAAAAAGUUUCUAUUGUAAAUAUGACUCGUCACAUCAGUUUGUAACAGGAUUAUAUAUAAAGAAAAAAAACUACAUUUGUGUUUUUAAGUUUACUAUUUUUCUGGGGUUACAAAAAAAAACAAAAAAAAAAGAUACAAAAUUGCUUAAGACUGCGGUGUUGAAAUUUCCAAUGUCAUGCAGAAUAAUGUAACGUAUUUACGCUGAAAAGUACUUUCUUGCCUUUUUCUGAACUGUUUUUACAUUUUUAUCUACCGAAUACUGUGUUACAUGAUUCACCAACACUUCGAACCUCUGUAUUGAAAAAUCUCAAUAGUUUCAUAUGGCAUUACGCUUUAUACCUCAUCUUGUAAAGAAACAUAACGUUGUGUUGGGGAAGACUUUAUCGCUGCGAGUGCGGAGUAGGAGGGGUGGGUCGGGAGGGUGUGUGGGGGGGGUCAUAUGUUUAUUAAACAAAAAAAGGCAGAUUAAAUAUUUGAAGUUGUUUACAGAAUAUUUUUAAUGAGCUUUAAAAAGAAAACCGCGGCAGCGGACUGAAGGAAUCGUCUUAGAAGAGAUGACGCUACAGUUCAAGUUCUUAAUAGUGGCUGAAAUGCGGAAGGGGAAAUAAAAAGACGACUUGUAGUAAAACAUUUACAGUGCUCUUUAGUAAAUUACAAUGAAAAUAUACUGUAUAUGGGUAGACGUCAAAAUAGCAGAGAUUGUAGGCUAGUGGCGCACACUGUUUAUACAGCCUCAAAUUGCAGCUUAAUAUAAAUACCCCAUUAUAUAAAUGUCUGGUCAUGGAUUGUUCUGAAGAUUAUCAGCUACAGCGCCUAUGAUCCCCUUAGUUACCCACUAAGGGAUGAGGGUCCCAGUGCAAAAAUAAUAUACAAAAAAAAAAACAACACUGGAAAAUUCAACCUACUACCAGCUGGAAAAAAAAAAAAUCCCAUAGAGGGUUAUUUACUAACAUUGCAUAUCUGUACCAAUACCUCACCAUCCAAUCAGAGAUCAGAAUGUAUCUGUUCAGCUCUACAAUGAGAUGUUUGGUUGUUAUGGUUACAGAGCCAAUUUGCUUCCUAAAAAAACAAAAAACAGAACCUCUCAUUAUAAUUAUAAACAUACUUAAACCACUAUAAUGGUUAUGUGACUGUUUGUCACCAUGGUAACCGCGCAGGAUUUAACAUAAACAUUCUGACAGUACGCCGGAUUACCUGAUCACUGGGGUGGGAGUUGGGGUGUGUCAAGAAUUGGCCAUCUAUAGAAAUCUUUACUAUGUAUGCAUUGUCGCUAUAAAUGGAUUAUAUAUAGGGAAUGGGGAGUGGUCCUGUGAUGUAUAUACAGAUUUUAUAUAAAUAAUGCAUGCUAGCAAGUGUGUAUAUGUGCAGUGAUCUCAUGCCACAGGAAGGCUUUCUCAGGCGGCCCUACGUUGACUGCAAUUUACUGUCCAUUACACUUCUUGACGAUGCCCAUUAUUGUGUCACCUUGUGGCACAAAUAUCUUCCUCCAUAAAUACUGUAGGCAUAAGAAAUAAAUAACAAACAUAAACAGAGUCUGUGUAAUAUACUAAAAUCAGCCUAUGUACACUAGAGGCAACCAUUUUGUGGGCUGAACCAGGCUUCAAGAAUGAGCCAAUCAGUUCACUAGGAGCCAGUGACAUCACCAGUGUGGCCAUUUUGUGCAAGCAACACAAUACUCAGUGCCCCAGGGAUGUCUGGAGUUCCUAGUUAAUGUGUAAGAAUACAGGUUCACCUCACAAAAUGGCUGCUCCACAGGCUGAUUCUCAUGGCCGCCGAACACAGAUGGAGGCAGCGUUAAUAAAUGAUAGCUGCUGCUUAUCCUAAACAAAUGUUCUCUAAGUUGUGUUCAGAUUAUUUUGCUCAAUUAUUUCAUAACAUCAUUCCAUUAGUCAGCGACUACUUUGUCCUCAGAGGUCGGAGGUGAAUAUUUUGUGGGGGGGUUUUUGUAGUUAAAACAAAAACUCUGCAAAUUUCACCAUUCAGAUGUUCAGAGUUUAUCUAUUGCCUUUUAUUAUAUGUUAAACUUUUGACAUAAACAGAUCUACACUGUAGAGCCGGUUGUAAUGCCAUCCAAGCUGGCCGGAGGUGCCGGUUGCCGGACGAACUCUGACUUUUUUUUAAAGCGGCUGUCAUUUAUUAGGCAUGGUUUUGCUUUGUAACUGAUUGGCGCUUUAAAAAAACGUCCGAGUCUCGGCCAGCAACACGCAACUCCGGCAAACUCAGAUGGCAUUACAACCGGCCCCUAAUUACAUUUUGAAGGGAAAAAAAAGUUAUUGUGUAUAUUCUGCCUGCUAUGCAUCUCAGAAAUGUAAACUUUAACAUUUUAUUAUUAUCAUUAUUAAUAUUAUAUUAUUAUUAUUAUUAUUAUUACUAUUACUGCUACUACUAUUCAUGUAUUAUAUAAUUAAUUUGAUAUUUUUGUUCAACUUAAAUACUAGCAAAUAAUAUAUGGAAAUUUAAAAUAAAUGAAGGAAACACACCGGCCCUUUUGCUGAUUCCGGGGUGCGGCCCCCCCAAAGUUGCCCUGAUAUGGAAUAUCUCAGUUUGCGGCCUGGGCCUAUAUGAGCUAAUUUGCUAAUGUCAAAGAGAAUGUCCUUAUAUAAUAAGUAGAAUAUAACAGCUGUGUAUAAUGUCAGAGGUAUAACCGCCGCAGCUGUCUGACAAGUCUGACCAUAUGUAUUUCACUAACAGACUCCGCCCAUAUUUGGGAAAAUUGGGAUCCGGCAAAGUGUCACUUGAUGCGACACAGAGAUAUUAUGAGGAUUGUCUCGUUGUUUUCUUAUGUAUUACUAUAGAAAUAAUAUUGAGGGGCUCUAUUUUAUAUUUCCAAAAACAUUUAUUUUCUCCAAAAAAAAACAUUUCAUUCCAUUACUUAUUUUUCCAUCAUUUAAAUUCCACAUGAUUCCAAACUAACACAAGCAAUAGGGUCCAAGUUUCCUGAUUUGGGACAAAACUAAAUGCCCCAUGUUUCAUUUGAAAAUGACGGACAUCCUAAGGUGACAUACUUUUUUCAGGGUAGGUACAGGGUGUGCACCACACAAAAUAAUAUUUCAGUUAUUUCCUAUACUAAUAAUUAACAAAUUCCCUUUUUAAAUAAUGCAAUAAUUACUGGCGCCUCAUUACUGUUUAGUUUCAUUUAUUUAUUUCUUUUCCCCUGACUGAAAGGUUCACAUAAAGUUUUUUUUGCUUUGAAAGGAUUUUCUAGGCUCCUCGUGGGUUGGACCCAGCAUCCAAAUUCCCCUCGUUAACCUAUACCCUGAGCACCAGCAUUUAGAACAUUAAUAUUCAGCAUAGAUAAUAAUAUAUUAUAUUUAUAUAUUUAGACUUAGAAUUUUUUUUAACCUCACAAGCAAUUACUAAAUAUUAGCAAUGAUUAUAUACUAUGAAUCUAGGAUUUAAUAUACAUAACUGCCAAUGCCAUAAAACAUUAUUAGUUUACAUUGUAACCAAAAUAAAUAUGAUUAACAAUAAAGAGAAUAAUAUAGGACUGAAUGGCUGUAUUAUGUAGUGAAGGGUGUUUCUAAUUAUACCCCAGGUAUAUGCAUAAUAUUAUACACAUACUCAUUUUCCCAGCAUUUUGUGGCAAUUAUAUUGUAUAUAAAUUGCAGGUUGCAGCUACCUGCGGCAUUCAGCUAAUGUAAUGGAGGACCAGGCGGAUAAUCUCCCCCGUAAACUCCGCUUCUCCUUGCUUGUGUGAUGUUUCUGUAACAGAAUAGCACAUAAUUACACCGCUUCACACACACAACACCCAGACACUGAGAGGGAAAACUUGUGAAAAUCAGAUGGAAAUUGGAAAAUUGUUGCAUUCCGUCUGGUAAUUGCAAAGCAGGAGAAGAGUGUUUCAAUUCAAAACAAUGCAAAAAUAGACUUUAACAUGUUGAGUGUUUAUAGGGAGGUAGUAGUAAUAAGCCUCCCCCCCCCCCCCUCCUCCCACCUUCACCACCACCAUGGGACCAAGCUGACCCUAUCCUCUCAAGCCCCACCCCAAUCCACCGCAGCAUUUCCCAUUUUUGCUCAAGUUACACCAGCAAACCUGCAGGGCUCCUCCUCCACAUUUCUGUCUUAGAAAAUCAGGACUGCCUAGUGGAUUUGGGACUGUUGGCAGGUGUAAUAUAGCCCUAUUGUAAUACUACUACACACAAAAAUCUUAUAUUGUACAAGGUUGGGGGUAGUGCAAGAUAAAAUGUCGCUCUCAGCAAUCCAAGAACUGGUAUUUCUAAUGAUGCAUGAUGGCGCUUGCGGCCUGUGACGACCAACAUCGCAGACGCGUCCGCAAACCCCUUAGAGGUGUGUGGGAAAAUCUGCAAUGUUGGUAUACUAUAAAUCGGAGUGAUGUGAGCAGCCACACAUUGCUGGGAACUAAAUUAUCCCUUUAUUAUAGGGGCAGAGCACAUAUAAUAUACACACAGAUGCAUAUAAAAAAUAAUUCAUAGCAAUUCUACCUUAUAUAAACAGAAUGUAGCAUUAUAGCACCAAUCAUGGGGAUUUAUUAUAUAUUUUUUGUUUAAAUGGACUUUUGUGAAUCGUUAAAUAAAUCCUCUUUCUAAAAUCAAACUGGUUUAUCCCAGAACCAUUUACAUCACCUGUAAAUACCCCGGAUGCUUUAUUACAAGUACGCCAUGUGCAUUUGAUUUCUAAAGGACUGUGUACUAUAUUCUUCCGUCAUCAUCUAAGGGGGGAGGGGGGGGGGAGGGGGUGUAAUGGAUGUAAGUUUGUGAAAGUGACAGUUUUCCACAAUUUUGGCUGAAGAUUUACAGCGGCAAAGGUAAUACCAGAUUGAUUUUUGCCUUUUUUAAAAAGCCACCGCUUUAAAUUUUGUAACAAAGUCGCAGAAAAAUUGUCACUUUCUCCAACGUACGCCUUGUUGCCUCCCGCACCCUGCCAGAUGUGUUUGUAAAUAGCUGACCCUUUCUCCGCCAGCGAACCCACCGACAUGCACCUCUAAUGUUUUUCGAUAUUUAAAAAGAAGACAAAAAACAGCAUAGCACGGGCAUUUUUAUGAAUGUGACAGAUAUCUCACCUCCGAGGUGAUCUCAUUGUCAUUUUUAUUGCUGUAUACAGAUGUGGUUUUUGCAUCAAAUAAAGGCAGAUUUGAGAAAUCAUUUACAGUGUA